UAAUCAAGAGUGUCAUCAUUUUAUCAAUAAUUAUAGUUAACAGAAAAAAAAUCUGAUUUGCUGUUACCGCCGACACUGAUAUCAGUGAAAUCUUUUUCCGUCGGCAGAAAAGAAGUCACACAAGCCAAGUCAAAUCAGUCUUGAAAAAGUCCGUUGGUCGGUCGUUAUAACAACGCGGACAAAUUUUUUUGCGGUUGACCAAAUACCUCGUUUAAAAUUUUGACAAGGGCAAUGGGGAGCUCAAAGUCAAAAAUUGGUACACCAAAAAAUCCUUUGCAAGAAUUACAAUUAAAAGAAAUAUUGCGUGAACAAAAAAUUAAGAAACGUGAAAAAGAACAAAAGGCUCUUCGGAAGAUUCAAGAAAAAAACAUUAAAAAGCAGCAAAGACAUAAUCAAAAAACAAAUGAUCGAGAGGUUUCGGAACCCCAGCCAAAUUAUGAUUUAAACCAACAAGAGUACGAGUUGAAAAUCGAACAGAGCUUAAAAAAUCAAUUGGACAAUGAUUUGUGCCUCUUUAUUUUAAAUCAAACGGCAUUUACGUUGCAAUUUUUCGGUAACUUUGAACGAGAGAUAUCAGCAGCUUAUGAAUAUCUUUGGAAAAAAAUGGAAAACAAUCUAAAUCAGCAAUUUGAAGAACAUUCUGUUCUAAUGUCAAAUGCUCUGGACGCAGCUGUAGAGAGACGUGUUAGAUAUAAACCAAUCCAUGGUCCAGAAAAACACCUUUUACAACCACUACAACCCCAAACUAUGUAUGUUGUCUUUGAAAACAUAGAUAUUGCUCGACCCAAUGAAGCCAACUACGAUUCCCUUUCACCCAUUUGCAAAGUUGACAUGGAAACAGAUUUCUACAAAACAACACCAUGCACAGCUGAGUAUGCUUCAACUCUAAAAAAUACCAAAUGGAAAGGUUAUGUCCGUCUAAAGCUGCGAAAGUCUCAAUUUGAGAAUAUAAACACUGCCCCUCGGCCAAAGUCGUUGAUAAGCGAUGAAGGCUUUUACUUUCCUUCUGAAAGUACAAUAUCUUCAUCGAGCAGAAGACGAGAUGAACUUCGUUUUUCGAAUAGCAGCGGAUACAAUUCUGGCCCAGAAUACGACUAUGCUUAUAUCACACAUUUAAAUUCGCAUCACCCUUUGACCGAAUUAACAAUGACAAAUAUCCAUGAAAAAGCAAAAGUCGACACUAAGCUUCUUCCCGAAUCGUGUAUUGCAAAUUUUCAUGAUUUCAUUGAACUUCCUGAUGAAGAUGACGACGUUGAAGACGAAGAAGAUGAAAUUGACAUAGAAGAAAGUUACGAGUUCGAAGAUGAAUUUCAUCUAAAACACUUGACUAAAUUCGACUUUCCAACGAUAAAGUAUUUGAACUCAAAAGAAUUCAUGAGGUACUUUGCCGAACUUCUGCGAAGGAAACUUGCACCAAAGCUUGGAUUGAGUGAGGAAGAAUUUGAAAACGGAACUUAUCGGGGUGCUUCAAUUCACACAAAGAGCUAUGAAAUCAUUCCAGCAAUUCAUGUAGCUCACAAUGCACAAAACUGGCCCGAUUGUGCUUUUCAGUUUAAGCGACGUGAACGUCCAACUCGAACGAAUCCCUUGACAAAGAAGCAUUUUCAGUGGCCAACACCGGAAAUGAUAAAACGGGUUGAAACCUUUGGUUUCCAUGUGAUUCCAUUGGGACACGCCCCCAAAAGACAAAGAAAUCCAUAUCGCGAAAUCGAGUGGAAGAUAAUCUUUCCGAAGGCUGAACGGUUUCUAGAAACAACUCUAACGAGUACCCAAAUAAAGGUCUUUAUGAUUGCCAAGGCACUUGUCAAAGCUUUUGUUGAUCAGUACGAAAAGGACAAUACUUUGAUGUUCACAAUGGAUCAUCUAAGAACGCAUUUGUUUUGGGAAUGUGAAAAAAAUUUCGUCACCUGGCCUGAGGAAUACCUCGGAGGUGUCCUGAUUAGAUUCAUAAAAGCCUUUAUGACUCGGUUAAGGGAAAAAUGUCUACCAGACUUUUUCAUUCAAGAACGGAAUCUUUUUGAAAGCAUUCCUGAGUAUUCUUUGGUUCGAUUACACAGUGUAUUGGCUGAAAUAGUGUCAAAUCCUGUUAUGCAUAUUAUGAUAGCCUUGAGAAACCUUCAUUUGGUUGACGAUUUUAUACCGAAAAUGGAUUAUAAGAAGAUUUACAAUAAUUUGGUAGAGAAUAACUAUUUGAAGUUGAAAAACUUGUCGAGAAAUUCCAAAAUUGGUCCAAUGAUGGAAGAUUUGAGAGGAGAUUUUACACGAAGACCUUCAGAAGAUAACGGUGAUAUUCAUCAAGGUUUGAUUGGAUUUUCUCAGCAGAAGGGCAAAAGUAGAGGACCUUUGAGACGACGAACACUUUUGAUGAAACAAAGUAUCGAAAUGCGACGCAGGAAGGAAUAUGAAAGGAAUAGAAGAUCUAUCGAUUCUAUUGAUCUUGAGUUUGUUUUUACGAAAAACCUGAAAGACGCCGAAAAAAAGAAAGAUUACAAUCAAGGUAUUGAGAAUCUUCGAAGAACCAAUAUCUUAGAGAUAAUUCUAGACAAUUUAAUUGCUUUGGGUGAAACUUAUACUGCAUCAAAAGAAUAUCGUUCGAUUUAUUUGGCCAGAAUUUAUCUCAAUCAAGCUAAAAGGCUUUGUAAGUUCUAUAGUGGAUAUGGAUGUGAUAUGGGUGCUAUUGAAUAUAUUUCGAAGAUUGAAACAAUUGAAUCAAAGAUUGCAAUAUUACGGAAUACAGAGUCAAAUAUUCCACCGCCAGCUUUGCCUAUUCGAACAAGCCUGGAACCGUUAAGUUCAUUUAGACCAGUGUUGGAUUCUCCAAAGGCAAAAGAAUCAAGAGGGAACGUUUUCACACGUCAAAGUUCGAUACAAUUUGCAAAUCCCAUUGUGGAGAGUCCUUCGAUGCAACAAGUUAGGGCUGAUGUUCAUAGUAACGAAGCAGAUGUUAUUGGAUACAGGGAGCCUAGAAGAUCGAUUAAAUUUUGUGACGAUGCUCCAAGUCCAACUUUUAUAUUUCAAUUUGAUGAAAAUGAAUGGCCUCAAAGACAGACAUCGAUUAACUUGGAAAAGCCUAUCAGAAGCAGUCCGGAAGUCAGAAUACACAAACCAAGUUUGAAGCCUACUCAAUUUAGAAAGAAAACAAGAUAUCCAAGUAUCUCAACGGACGAAUCAACAACGGAUUGUGAUGAAGUAUUUAGCAAACCUAGAAGUUUUGCUUCACCAAUUACGUUCAAACGAGAAAACAUACAAAUACCGCUUUCUAGAUCUUCAAGUCCAUUACAGAAACAGAGUUUGGGAGCAGUUACGUUUGAAAAUAAACUUAAGUCAUCAGUUGAAUCGAAUGAAUCUAAAUUUAAAAGAAAUCAACAUCUUCGUAAAUCAAAACAAAAUUCGACAAAAAAAGAAAAUCUUCUAUCAGCCGAAGUGUUAAAUGCUAAGUUAAAUGAAGUCGAUUUUAUUCCAUGUACUCCAACAACAAUACUUCGAUUUGAAAAUGGCAAAGCUGAUUUUGUUAAUCGUUCACCAAUUAGAACUUCAAGAUUAUCAUCUUAUUCGAUAGAUAAUCCAGCAGUUUUUGAAGAACGUCGUGCGCAGUUAUCAAUGAAGAGAGUCGAAAGUAUUGUCCUGGUGAAUGGUGUCGAUGGUACUGAAACUUCAGAAUUAUAGAUUUGUAUUUAUGAGAAAGAUUAACUAACAAUAAACAAUAAUAAGUUUAUACACAA